CGACAAGAUCCUGCAAUCAUCCUCCCGCACCACAGUCCACUCAAAAUGAGCACCCAGAUCUUCGCAGAGGACACCAUCGAGGAAAAGGGCGAAAAUGCCCGUCUCUCCGCCUUCGUCGGCGCCAUCGCCGUCGGCGACCUCGUCAAGAGCACCCUCGGCCCCAAGGGCAUGGACAAGAUCUUGCAAUCCGCCUCCACCGGCGAGAUCAUGGUGACCAACGAUGGAGCGACAAUCCUCAAGAGCAUCGCCCUCGACAACGCCGCCGCCAAAGUCCUCGUCAACAUCUCCAAAGUCCAAGAUGAUGAAGUGGGAGACGGCACGACCAGUGUGGCAGUCCUUGCGGCAGAGCUCCUACGAGAGGCAGAACAACUCGUCAACCAAAAAAUCCACCCCCAAACCAUCAUCGAAGGCUACAGAAUAGCGAGCGCGGCAGCAUUGAAAGCGUUGGAAGAGCAGGCAGUCGAUCACAGCAAAGACCCCGCGCGCUUCCGCAAAGACCUCGUCUCCAUCGCCCGCACCACCCUCAGCUCCAAAGUCCUCUCGCAAGACCGCGAUUACUUUGCCAACCUCGCCACCGACGCCGUCCUCCGCAUGAAAGGCUCCACCGACCUCACCCACAUUCAAAUCAUCAAAAAGGCGGGCGGCAAACUCUCCGACUCCUACCUCGACGAGGGCUUCAUCCUCGACAAGAAGUUUGGCGUGAACCAGCCGAAAAGGAUAGAAAACGCAAACAUCCUCGUCGCCAACACUAGCAUGGACACCGACAAGGUCAAGAUCUUCGGGGCAAGAGUCAAGGUGGAGAGCACGGGCAAGUUGGCGGAGCUGGAGAAUGCGGAGCGGGAGAAGAUGAAGAGCAAGGUGAAGCGGAUCAUGGCGCACGGCAUCAACUGUUUCGUCAAUCGCCAACUCAUCUACAACUGGCCGGAGCAGCUUUUCGCAGACGCAGGCAUUUCCUCCAUCGAGCAUGCCGACUUUGACGGCGUGGAGAGACUGGCUUUGGUUACCGGCGCGGAAAUCACCAGCACUUUCGACCACCCCGAACACGUCAAGCUGGGCCAUUGUGAUCUGAUCGAAGAAGUCAUCAUUGGCGAGGAUAGUCUCAUUCGCUUCUCCGGCGUGGCAGCAGGCCGGGCGUGUACAGUGGUGCUCCGCGGCGCAACAGAGCAACUCCUGGACGAGGCGGAGCGAAGUCUACACGACGCUCUUGCCGUGCUCUCCCAAACCGUACAAACACCAAAGACUACGCUCGGAGGAGGCUGCGCAGAGAUGGUCAUGGCAAAGGCGGUCGACCAAGCUGCGCAAAACGUCGCCGGCAAGAAGGCCUUUGCGGUUGCCAGCUUCUCCAAAGCACUUCAACAACUACCCACGAUCCUCGCCGACAACGCAGGACUCGACAGCUCCGAUCUGGUGGCGAGGUUACGUAAAGCCGUCUACGCCGGGAUGAGCAGUUCAGGGCUGGAUCUGAUGACUCCCGGGGGCGGGAUUGCAGACAUGCGCGAGAUGGGCGUCGUCGAGAGCUACAAGCUCAAACGUGCCGUCGUGUCGAGCGCGGGAGAGGCUGCGGAGCUAUUGUUGCGAGUGGACAACAUCAUCCGGGCGGCGCCACGAAAGAGGGAGCGGAUGUAAGAGGGGAUACGACGAAUAGAUACUACCGGUCAU